AGUGGACAAUAAUCUGUAAGAAUCAUUUUGAGGACACGAACUUCGAGAUGAUCAUAUGCUGCGGCGGCGAUAUCCAAAUUCUGUCCGUCUGAGCAAUACUGGCGUCAACAUCCUGGUCUCUUUGAUAAAUGAAAAUACAUAUAUUUACAUGCCAAAAAUGUAGUAGUUGUCUAUUCAAUUAUCAUGAAAUGGACACAUUUUCUCGUUAGUUAGCGUGGAAAUCACGUUAUCUGUGUGGGCUAAAUGUUCAUAUAGUUACUAGCUAAGAAACAGUACUUUCAGUAAUAUAUGCCCUGUCUCUAUAUCAGAUGCAGUCUGGGGAAAGCACGAAAACAGCGGUUUCAACCAGUAUAGAGAUCUAUUACUGACUUACAUGGAAAUUCUAGGAUUGAUGGCUAGACCAUUACAACAAGAGGACCAUUCAGCAAAGGUCGAAGACUGGUAUUUUGUUCCAUGCAUGCUGAAAGAGCCUCCCCCGGAGAAAGAAACCUGUUAUUGUGAUUCUCGAGAUUGCAAGUCUACAAGUAAACUCUGCUAUACGACGACUGAAGAGCCUGAAGAAAGAUUCUUGCCAGCUACAAUGUUCAACAAAGUACUUGCUGCAUGUCUACAAAAAUGGCCAUUAUUAAAACAAAACAGAAAAUCCAUGAUUUUCUGUGGUGGCGCUAUUUUCAGUCUGAAAGAGAACCAUUUCCUCUAUAUUUUCUUCUACGAGCAUGUGAUAUAGAUCUGGAUAACACGGUCAAGUUUGGGUGGACAGUUUCCAAAUAUUUCACUCUGUACUGAGACCAAACAGAACAUCGAAUAUAUACUGAAAACAAACAUCAGAAUGCACAGUAAGAUUAUAGCGUUUGUCAAAUGCACAAGAGCUGUUCUUUAUUCAAACGAAAACAUGAUACCGCUUGAACAUACGGAAGAUGAUUCAACAGAGGAAAUCGUUUGCUAUUGCCAGGAUAACAAACAUGUUGUUCGGUAUUGUGAUCUGACGAAAUAUUGGUCAUGUGUUCAAGAUUCAAAUAACUCGUCAGAAUUUGAAAGCGACCAGACCACUCUCACUGAAAAGGACUUCAGUAAAAUUGCAAGUAGGAUUGGCAAGGAAUACUUACAACUAGGACGGGAAUUAGGCCUUACAGAAGCCAAACUGGAUCACAUUGAAUUAGAUAAAUCGACUACACAGGACAGAAUAGUAAGAAUGCUCUGUGAAUGGAAGAAACAGGUGGCAGACAGGUCAACAGCUUGUGAGUUGAGACGGGCGCUCGCAGCUAUCGGUAAAGAUGCUUCAGCAGUUCUGCGAUGAUUGACCUGAAUUUAUGUUUCAAGGAAUUAGAAUAGUCUAGCCCAUUUGCGUCGAGGAUUGAUAUGCAUUUAUGUUUCAGGGAAUUAGAAUAGUCUAGCCGAUGCUUCGAGUGGUUCCUAUAGAUAAUAUUUCAUGACUUACACCAUCGUUGUUAAUCUGGAUAUAUUACUGCGAUUAAAAUCCAUGAUUAAUA